AUGGCGUCAGCAGAGCUUAUUGUCGCCAAGACGGCGCUGUCGGGAGCCCUGUUCCGCGCAGACCCGCGGCCGUGUUCGCGCGACGACAUUGAGUCGAUGCUCGCCCUCGUCAACUCGACCAUCACCGAAUGCUCGCCCUCCAAUGUCCAGAGAUGCAAACAAUGGGCUCUCAGCAAUCUGGUUCCCUCGUCAUCCCGCAUCGCCCCGUUCUGCAAGUAUCUGGUUGCUUUGUCCAAGUCGUUCGAAGGGCCUAGCCAUGUCCCGGCUGGAGAACCAAAAAGCGGCCGCAUACCCUCUGCCAAGCGCCGCCGCCUUCAUGUGCUCUACAUCCUGAGCGACAUCCUCUACCACGUCUAUCAUCGGGAUCGAGACAAGGAAUUCGCCCAGAAGCUGGAACCGACCCUCCCUGCUUUGGUUCGGAGCGCUGCAUCCUUCAUCAACUGCCCGAAGCAUAUUCGGAAAAUCCACGAUCUGAUUGGGCUCUGGGAGGAAAACGGAUAUUUUGCUCCCAGUUUUAUUCAGCAACUGCGAGCUGCAGUCGACGAAGGCCCAUCUUCCAGUGACGAGGGCAAGAAUGACAAGGACGCCGACACCUCGACCGAUCCCGUAGCCAAGGCGGCGAAGACGGCACCAUGGGUCAUGCCAGCAAUGCACGGCGACCCCUCGACACCGUGGUACGAUCUUCCUGCAGGGAACUGGCUUCCUGCUCUGGAGCCGAACUCGACCCGACCGAUGAACCCUUCGAUGAUCAAGCCCCUCGUUCUCUCGCAGGGCCCAGCCGACAAGAGUCUUGUCGAGGCUGUCAAGAAGUUGCUCGCAGAUAUCGACAAGAUUUACUCUCCGGAGCCGAACCACGAUGAAUCACCGCCUUGCAUUGGCCCUCUAGGCGAGCGUAUCGAAAUCGACGAGAUAACCGGAGAGAUUAUUGGCGGAGACACGUACUACGGCUGGUCGCGUGCGUUUUGCGAGAGGAUGAAGCGCAGAAGACGUGGCGGCAGUGGACAG